UUUUUUUUUAUGAAGGAAUUUGGAUGGGUGGUUCAAGUUCUUGACGUGACAUAGAGGUGGGAGGGCUAUGAAAGAAGUGUGAGGUGUCUGGGCUGUGUGUGUGCUUUUCUGACUUGAUCCUCAGCUAAACAUUUCCAUCCUCGCCGGACAGAGACACCUUUGUUAACCCAGGAGCAGCGAGGUCCCCUUUAGCUUUCACCUCUCCUUCCCUCUGCAUCUUCUCAUCAGUGUCAGAAAUGCCUUGCUCCGGGACUCCAUCGCUUCUGCUGCUGCUCCUUGCCGGAAUCCUGCUUCCUGCAAUGCUCACAGCAGGGUAUCCUCAAGCUGCAGCCCCCACUCACUGGUUUGAGCCUCCGGAGCUACCGUCAGGUGUAGAACCUAUAGAAACGACACCUUCAGUCCGCCUUUCCGAUGUAACUGGCAUUCCUCCUGAUGCUUCUGAGCCAGAUCCCACGCAUGAAGACCCUCUGGGAAAUGAUGAUGGUUCUCUGGGUCCUGGGGCCGUUGCUGCAAUAGUCCUGGCCGCACUACUGGGCACCUCUGUCCUCAUCGCUCUCAUCGUCAUCACUCUCAGAAAGUUCUCUGCUCCUUAAAACCAAUCAAUGUAUAUAUAUCUCUACAAACAGUGAGGGAUCAUUAGUGGCCCAGGUGCAAAGGCAAGACGACAAAGUGAGCAGAUACUGCAGAUGGAGCCCUGUUUUAUUACCCUGGCUCUAUACAUGAAGCAUUGUUUCUGGGGGGGGGAAUUCACGUCCAUCCUCAGGACCCAGAAGACAUCAGUGCAUAAGAGCGACGCCUGAUAGUGACAUGUUAUUCACGUGCAUUAUUUAAUUAGCAACAUAUCUGAACAUAAAGAUUCAUAUCAAACUUUGCUUAGAAAGAUAAAACAUCUUUACACUCUGUCAACAUUUAUUUGGAUUCGCGUCAUUCCCAUAAAUAAAGAUUCUGUUCCUA